GGGCCUGGCCUGCGGUUAGACCCUUGGGAAAUGUUCAAGAGACCCUGGGGUUUGAGGGAGGCUGCAACCUCUGCCAUUCUGGCCUCGACUAGGGCAGAACGAGAUGAGGAAGGCCACUUAGGGGAAACUCACGCUUAAUCUCCUUUUUAUCUUUCUCUUUUCUUUCCUUUUUAAAAAAGAUGCCUCUCUAUACUUCCGAGAAUGUCCUAAUUCUCUCUAACCUGUGCUUGUGUGUGUGGGUGAAACUUUGUCACCUUUUCGUUCCCCUUUGCCCCAGGCCCUCAGUCCUGGAAGGGAAAUGAAAUUGAAGGACUUGUAGGGGUUGUUACUGGACAUCGUGGAGUUGUUAGAUUGCAGAGGAGAAUGUUUGAUUCAUGUUGUCAGGGAACUUUUAAAUCAUGCCAGUCAUGGCAGUAACAUUCAAUGUAGUGGUAUACCUCUUUCCCACUUUUAAUAUUAAAGAGAGGGUUCCAGUGGGUCUUGCAAGAGUUGAUCUCUUGCAUGGAAUGAACGUGUUUGCUGAAAGUAGACUGUGCAUUAAUUGGUCAUGGAAGAAGUUUAAAAAUGGUGUCCUCCUGCCCCUCCCUGCUUAGAAGGAGUGCUAAAGCAGAUCUGUAGAUUCUAGAGAAACCUGCUUUUGGGAGUGGUCAGAAGAAUUUGUGAAGGAAUGGUUAUAGAGCUGUAUUAAACCUGAGUGAACACAGGUUGAUGAUUUUACUGUGGGCUCCCUAUUACAUUUAAAAUAAUUAAUUCCUUUUUUUUCAUGAGCUGCUGUGAACCCUUCAGAGAAUGGAGCUAUAUAAUAGUGUUUUUUGGAGUUAUUUGUAGCUUCUGAUUCAUGCUGUAUUCUUUUGAAAUUAUUAUUAAUGAUUCAUAUUUUUAGUUUGAGAACUAGUUCCUGUGUGUUUGUGAAAGAAAAAUCAGAAAGUACUUCACUAAGUUCACAAGUUGAUAGAAGGAAUUUUCUUUUUGCAGGUUCCUUCUUAUUUUGCUUUUCUCCUGUGUUCAACUUUUACAGAGAUUAUUUGAGGAGUUUGAGUUCUUUGGCUGUUAAAAUCAAAUCAACACUACAGAGAAAUAAGUGGCCCUCAUAGAAUAAGACUUCUGAGUUGCUUUCUAAUUUUAAAUGUACUACCUGGUGUAUUUGGUGCAACGUAUUGUAGUUUAUCACUUGUAUGUUAUAUUUACUUGCAUGUGACCAUUCAGCUAAAUACUUACUGUGAGUUUUGUCAUAUCUAAAAAUUAGUGCCUCACUUUUUUAGUUUUCAUGGUCUCACAGCCUACUUUUUCUUUUUCAGUAGAAAUGAUGGAAGAAUUGCAUAGCCUGGACCCACGACGGCAGGAAUUAUUGGAGGCCAGGUUUACUGGAGUUGGUGUUAGUAAGGGUCCACUUAAUAGUGAGUCUUCCAAUCAGAGCUUGUGCAGCGUGGGGUCCUUGAGUGAUAAAGAAGUAGAGACUCCUGAGAAAAAGCAGAAUGACCAGCGAAACCGGAAAAGAAAAGCUGAGCCAUAUGAAACUAGCCAAGGGAAAGGCACUCCUAGGGGACAUAAAAUUAGUGAUUACUUUGAGUUUGCUGGGGGAAGCGGGCCAGGAACCAGCCCUGGCAGAAGUGUUCCACCAGUUGCACGAUCCUCACCGCAACAUUCCUUAUCCAAUCCCUUACCGCGGCGAGUAGAGCAGCCCCUUUACGGUUUAGAUGGCAGCGCUGCAAAGGAGGCAUCGGAGGAGCAGUCCGCUCUGCCAACCCUGAUGUCAGUGAUGCUAGCAAAACCUCGACUUGACACGGAGCAGCUGGCACAAAGGGGAGCUGGCCUCUGCUUCACUUUUGUUUCAGCUCAGCAAAACAGCCCCUCUUCUACAGGAUCUGGCAACACAGAGCAUUCCUGCAGCUCCCAAAAACAGAUCUCCACCCAGCACAGACAGACCCAGUCUGACCUCACAAUAGAAAAAAUAUCUGCACUAGAAAACAGUAAGAAUUCUGACUUAGAGAAGAAAGAAGGAAGAAUAGAUGAUUUGUUACGAGCCAACUGUGAUUUGAGACGGCAGAUUGAUGAACAGCAAAAGAUGCUAGAGAAAUACAAGGAACGAUUAAAUAGAUGUGUAACCAUGAGCAAGAAACUCCUUAUAGAAAAGUCAAAACAAGAGAAGAUGGCAUGUAGAGAUAAGAGUAUGCAAGACCGUUUGAGAUUGGGUCACUUUACCACUGUCCGACAUGGAGCCUCAUUUACUGAACAAUGGACAGAUGGUUAUGCUUUUCAGAACCUUAUCAAGCAACAGGAAAGGAUAAAUUCACAGAGGGAAGAGAUCGAAAGACAACGGAAAAUGUUAGCAAAGCGGAAACCUCCUGCCAUGGGACAGGCCCCUCCAGCAACCAAUGAGCAGAAACAACGGAAAAGCAAGACCAAUGGAGCUGAAAAUGAAACGUUAACGUUAGCAGAAUAUCAUGAACAAGAAGAAAUCUUCAAACUCAGAUUAGGUCAUCUUAAAAAGGAGGAAGCAGAGAUCCAGGCUGAGCUAGAAAGGCUAGAAAGGGUUAGAAAUCUACAUAUCAGGGAACUAAAAAGGAUACAUAAUGAAGAUAAUUCACAAUUUAAAGAUCAUCCAACGCUAAAUGACAGAUAUUUGUUGUUACAUCUUUUGGGUAGAGGAGGUUUCAGUGAAGUCUACAAGGCAUUUGAUCUAACAGAGCAAAGAUACGUAGCUGUGAAAAUUCACCAGUUAAAUAAAAACUGGAGAGAUGAGAAAAAGGAGAAUUACCACAAGCAUGCGUGUAGGGAAUACCGGAUUCACAAAGAACUGGAUCAUCCCAGAAUAGUUAAGCUGUAUGAUUACUUUUCACUGGACACUGACUCGUUUUGUACAGUAUUAGAAUACUGUGAGGGAAACGAUCUGGACUUCUACCUGAAACAGCACAAAUUAAUGUCGGAGAAAGAGGCCCGAUCGAUUAUCAUGCAAAUUGUGAAUGCUUUAAAGUACUUAAAUGAAAUAAAACCUCCCAUCAUACACUAUGACCUCAAACCAGGUAAUAUUCUUUUAGUAAAUGGUACAGCGUGUGGAGAGAUAAAAAUCACAGAUUUUGGUCUUUCCAAGAUCAUGGACGAUGAUAGCUAUAAUUCAGUGGAUGGCAUGGAGCUAACGUCACAAGGUGCUGGUACUUACUGGUAUUUACCGCCAGAGUGUUUUGUGGUUGGGAAAGAACCACCAAAGAUCUCAAAUAAAGUUGACGUCUGGUCAGUGGGUGUGAUCUUCUACCAGUGUCUUUAUGGAAGGAAGCCUUUUGGCCAUAACCAGUCCCAGCAAGACAUUCUACAAGAGAAUACUAUUCUUAAAGCUACUGAAGUGCAGUUUCCACCAAAGCCAGUAGUAACACCUGAAGCAAAGGCGUUUAUUCGACGAUGCUUGGCCUACCGAAAGGAGGACCGCAUCGAUGUCCAGCAGCUGGCCUGUGACCCCUACUUGCUGCCUCACAUCCGAAAGUCAGUCUCCACAAGUAGCCCUGCUGGAGCUGCUAUUGCAUCAACUUCCGGGGCGUCCAAUAACAGUUCUUCGAAUUGAGACCGACUCCUAGGCCACAAACUGUUCAGCGCACAAAGUGGACAAAUGGCAUUCAGCAGCGGGUUUGGAACAUAGCGAAUCCGAAUGGAUCUCAUGAAACCUGUACCAGGUGCUUUUAUUUUCUUGCUUUUUUCCCAUCCAUAGAGCAUGACAGCAUCGAUUCUCAUUGAGGAGAAACCUGGGGCAGCUCUGGCCAGGCCUCGUAGGAAAAGGCCCUGCCCGAGGUUACGGCGUCAACGGCCACUGUGUGUGGCUGCUCUGAGUGAGGAAAAAUCAAAAAGAAAAACUGGUUCCAUGUACUGUGAACUUGAAAACACGCAGACUCAGGGGGGUCCCUGACGCAGUGCUUCAGAUGAAGAAUGUGGACUGGAAGAUACAGACUGGGCUAGUCCAGUGUCUAUAUUUAAACUUGUUCUUUUCUUUUAAUAAAGUUUAGGUAACAUCUCCUGAAAAGCUUGCAGCACAAAGGCUCAGCUGGGGAUGGUGUUUGACUUCGGAGGAAAAAAGUUGCUAUUGCCCGUUACAGGCACUAGAGUUAGUGUUUUAUCCCUAAAUAAUUUCAAUUUUUAAAAACAUGCAGCUUCCCUACCCCUUUUUUAUUUUUGAAAGAAUACAUUUGGUCAUGAAGUGAAACCCGUAUUAGCAAGUACGUGGCAAUGUUCAUUCCAUUCAAAUGCAGCUUUCUCCUCCGUCUGGUCUCCUGUUUGCAAUUGCUUCCCUCCUGUCAGUAGGGAAAAGAUUGAGUGGGAGUACUGAGAUGUGUGGGCUUUGCCGUUGGACAAAGAAGGAGGUUAGAAGACUGCAGCUUGGAGUCUCUCUAGGUUUGCAACUAUUUCUUCACAAUUUGAACACUUGACGGUUGUCCCUUUUAAUUUAUUUGAAGUGCUAUUUUUUUAAAUAAAGGUUCAUCUGUCCAUGCA